GUGGAAAGCCAGAAGUGCGUACUAUUUUUAUCGAUGACCCUUUCCCUUUCUAUGUUAGUCAAGCUCCGCUUAUGCACAUUCUUCAAUUCUUUGCUGAAUAUUUUUUAGGUUUUAGCUUCAGUUUUUCUACAAAUAGAACUUCUAUUCGUAAUGAAACUGUUUUGGUUUCUACUUUUAAUACAACUUUUUUGACACCUUUCUCUGCGUUUAAUGAAUUACCUAAAAUAUAUAACUUUCGAUAUAAAUUAGAAAAAAGAGAUGGCGAUUCGUUAGUUUCGGUUUACAUUUUUGAGAGUGCUUGCUUUGCUAUCACAUUUAGAGAUUAUAGGUUUUUUACCUCUUCUGAAGUACAGGAUGGUAUUUUUUAUAGGUUUAGGGUGCAAAACUGUUCUAGCAAUGGUUCUGUCUCCUUAUUAACAUACAAUGCUCCCGACGACACUUUCACAUUUAAUUUUGACCCAAAUAAUUCUGACAAUAUUACAGCAAUUAAUAGUAACGUUAUAUUUUUAAAACCUAAUCCUACAGCUUUUCCAUAUUCAGCUACAGAAAUUCUUCUAAGUUGUAUAUUUGGCAUCAAUGUG